UCUCUGCGAACAACAUGUCUGCGAAACUGGUCCUCGUGGUGGGCGCCCUCGCGGCUGUGGCCUCCGCCGUCCCCCGUCCCGACUCUCCUCCCGUCUACGGCGUUCCUCACCCGACCUACAAGCAGCCAGGAAUGCCCUUCGAGUUCGCCUACGCCGUCAAAGACCCCUACUCGGGCAACGACUACGCCCACGCCCAGACCAGCGACGGCCAAGUCACCUCCGGAUCGUACAGAGUGGCUCUUCCCGACGGCCGAACCGAGAUCGUGGAAUUCACAGCCGAUCACGACAACGGCUACGUCGCCAACGUCGCUUACGAGGGGGAGGCCUCCUACCCCGCCCCUGCCCCCUCCUACCACCCAGCUCCCUCCUACCACGCCCCCGCCCCCUCCUACCCACCUCCCCCACCCCACCCACACCAAUAAAACCCAUCCAUCCUCAGCGUGCAGACGGCCCUGUCGAAGAGCGACACCAUCACCGUUCGCACGAGAGUCACAAGGCAAGCCAAGGCGCCAAACAGUACGCGCCUCACUACCUCCUCCUGGAAGUCCAUAGCCAUACUUGCUGGCCCCUUCGCUCACUCGUCCUGUUUAUGUUUUCACGGGUGAGGCAGUCGGCGUCAGAGGGUCAUUCAGUCGUUAUAUUUUAUCCUCGUAAAUAAAAGGAAAUC